CGGGGCUAUGAAGUCUGUAAUGCUCGUCCUGCUUGUCGCCUGUCUCGCUGGCAUCGAGGCCUUCACAGGCAGCAUUACACCUCGCAAGCAUGUGCUGGCCGUGAGCAGCAAGCGGAACAUGCGUCCUCUCAUGUCGGCGGACGAGGGAUCAGCGACCCAGCGAUCUCCCUUUCUUGCUCCGUUGGCCAUCGCAGACGCGGAGCUGAACGUGGCGUCAGGUAUGAGGAGGAGGAGGAUGUCGGAGCAGCGCGUGUACGGGAGCAGGAGAAGCAAAGAGGGCAGGAAGAAGGCGACGGUAGGAGUGAAGGAGACAGCAGGCGUCGGAGCGCUACUCGGCUUCAUGGCUGCUGGUCCUGUGGGCGCGCUGGCAGGAGCAGUCGGCUCAGCCAUGUUCUCCAAGAAGGACAACAUGGCUGGAGAGACUGUGCGGACAGCGGCGAGGGCAGCGAACGUGCUCUGGGAGGCGUCAGGGGAGGUGACGGGGGCAGUGAGCAAGAGCCCAGUAGGAAGCAUGAUGCGAGAGGGGCUGAGGAGCAUGGACGGCGCCAUUGACAACUUAGACGAGAGCUUGUCGAAGAAGAAGAGGAGGAGGAGGAAGAGUUAGAUACGUUUGCUCUCUUUC